UUUUAAUGUGAUAAAAAAGUGAAAGACUCUGGACGCAUAAUUGAAAAGAAAAAAUAAUUUAGUGCUCUGUUUUAAGAAUACUAAGCAAUUUAUAUAAAAAUAAUCAAAACUGUGAAGUCACAAAUACAAAUAGUGUAUAUACUUUCAGCAAAAAGACAGUUUUCACAGAAUGGAUCAACGUUUUCGAAAUGGCGGAAAUAACAAUGGUGGAGGAGGACGUGGCUCAUAUCGUCGCUAUAGCCGUUCCCGUUCAAGAUCGCGAGAACGCGGUCGUGAACAAAUGUAUCGCAAUAACCGAAGAAAUUCCCGUUCACGAUCUCGUGAUCGCGGAGGAUAUAGAAAUAACAUGGAUAAUGAUUUAUAUCGUGAGAUAAUCAAUCAGGAUUACCAAGAUGAGAAAAACUAUAUGGGUGGAGCUAAUUCACGAGGAAACAAUAAAUUUAGGUCUCGCGGUCAUGAAGACGACUAUGGAGACGAGCGUAACGAUCGUUAUUACAAUCGAGAUCGUGAUUACGACAAUCGUGAGAGAAGAGAUCGUGAUCGUGAUAGGGAACGUGAUUCAAAAAGCUACGGUGGCAAUAGAGGUGGUGGCAAUGAAGGAGGCACUAGCAACAAUAGCCAUAGGCGAUAUAAUUCUGCUGAUCAAGAUGAUAGUGGGGACAGUGACGAUACUAUGAGCUCUCAUUAUUAUUCCAACCAAAAUCAAACACCAUCGAAUACAAUUAUUGUUUUUGGCCUGCAUUCGCACAUUACCGAGGCAGAUAUAAUGAGCUGCUUGAUACAAGCAGAUAUGGCACCGGCAGCAAUACGUCUUAUACGCAAACGUACAACAGGUGCAUCACGGGGUUUUGCAUUCGUCGAGUUUAAUACGACUCAAGAAGCUGCACGAUGGAUGGAAUAUACUCAGGGUAUCUUACAAGUGGACGAAACCUGCAGAGCUACCUUGCAAUAUAGUCUUCUAAAGGAUUGGCAUUGCGGCAAGUGUGGUCUCUUCAAUUUCAAACGUCGUGGCAAUUGUUUUAAAUGCCAUGCCUCGCGUGAUGAAUGUGAGGAAUCGGGAUUUGUGGAUGAAGAUGAUGCGGCGAACGCAAGUGGUAAAGCUGGAAAUGGCAAUAGUUCAGGUCGCAGUGAAUGGUAUUGUGGCAAGUGCAUUUUCUUCAACUUUGGACGCCGCGACACUUGUUACAAAUGUUUUGCCUCCCGUGGAGAUAGCGCAUACGGCAAAGGCAGCGAUGAAAUAAGCAACAUUCUUACCAAAAAAAUCAUGCUACGCAACUUGGAUGUGCUGACAAACGAAGAAGGUGUUUUAACAGCUAUCACCAAGCAUGCACCAGAUCUUGCAAAAAAGAUAACCAAAGUUUUAGUAUCGCGCGAUGCCUUAACGCAAACUUCAAGGGGCAUUUGUUAUUUGAAUUUUGAUACCCUAGUUGAUUCUAUGAAUAUGCAUAACUUGUUAAGUACCUUGGAGCCUCCACUUAGUAUAGACGAUAAAGAAGUUCUCGUUACCUACUGUGUUGAUCAUGAAAAUCGUCAAAUUGUACCCAAGAAGAAAGGCGAAGGUUCUUCGGGUUCAAAUGGUUCAACUAAACAACAAACAGCUGUCAUUGGACCCAUGACAGCCGCAGAGGUAGCUGCGGCAUCUGCCAAUUCGGCAGUUUCUACUGGACAAUAUACAUUAGAUGAUGUUCCUCGUUUGGCAGAAUACAGCGCUUCCUUAUAUGCAACAACCCCUGCUGAACAUGCUCAUUAUUUACAGUACUAUACCGAAUAUUACAUAUCUGAGAUAAGCAGUGGGUCCUAUACGAAUCUGCCAACAGAUAAUCAAGUAACUGAAGCAAAUUCCGGUGCAGCUGUGGCCUUGUCGGCUAUUAAACGAAAACAGGCUAUGAUGAACAACAUUGAAACGACUGCCACGGCUAGUGCCGCUGCGGCAUCUGCUGCCGCGGCCGCCGCCGCCGCUGCUGCAGCAGCAGCUUUGAGACCGGCUGUAGUUACUCCAAAGGGAAAUGAUGGCAAAGUAUAUCCCACUCCCGAUGUAUCACUUUACCAAUACGAUGAAACUUCCGGCUACUACUAUGAUCCCACUACUGGUCUGUACUAUGAUGCUCAUUCUCAAUACUAUUAUAAUAAUGAAACUGGCGCAUAUCUCUACUGGGAUCAACGUAAAAGUACAUAUAUACUGGCCACACCAGCGGCUGUUGCGGCAACCGUACAGGCAGCUGUGAAACAGGAGUCGGAGGCGUCUUCCGCCAAUGCCACAGAAGAAACAGAUUCUGCUAAAAAAGACAAAAAGGAAGGUGGUGGCCAUAAGCACGAUAAGGUUAAAGUGGCUAAAAAGAUUGUUAAGGAUAUGGAAAAAUGGGCUAAACAAUUAAACCAAAAGAAGGAUUAUGUACCAAUUGCACCGCCACAACAAGCACAAAAUUCUGUCGAUGGUGCAAGGCCGUCUACAAGUUCUGCUGGUGUGGGAGGAGGUGGAGGCAGUGGGUAUGCGGAUGUUGGAUUUUCAAUAUUAGAAAAGAAAGCCGCCAACAAGUUGUCACCCAAUUUCAUGUCUCCCCUAACGUUGGGCUCAUCUAAUAAACUUAUUCCCGCUUAUGGCUCCGAUUCUGAUGAUGAUGUUCCCCCGCCCAGCAAAGGAAACGCUAUGGAAGCCAGCGAGAAGGACUAUGUUGAUUAUCAAAAACUUACAUGUUUGCUAUGUAAACGAGCAUUUCAGUCGUUGGAAAUUCUACAGAAACAUUUAAAAAUGUCAAAUUUACACAAAGAGAAUUUAGCCAAAAUGAAUGCAUCCACAGGAGUUGCUUCAAUGCAAUCAGAAAGCGAAAAGGAAUCAUCACUUGCAGCAGCGUUGUCUUAUCGCGAUCGAGCCAAAGAAAGAAGAGAAAAGUACGGAGAAUAUGAUCCACCGCCUUCAAAUCCCAGCAGGGAACGUUUUGAAAAAGAAAUAAAGAAUCUAACGUCUCGUGCCACAGAAGCUCCUGUUAUGCCAAUAGGUUCAAAUAAUGUGGGCAAUCGACUGUUACAGAAAAUGGGUUGGUCCGAAGGCCAAGGUUUGGGUCGCAAAAACCAAGGACGUACCAAUAUUAUAGAGGCAAAUAGUCGAAAUUCAACAGCGGGUUUGGGUACUCACUCAAGUGCCGGCAUAGGUCCCGGUGAUGAUUACAAGACAUACAUUAAGAAAAUGAUGAAAUCACGAUAUGAAUCCGUGUAGAGCCGCACAACCUGCCGUCAUGCAGCUUAGUUCUAAAUGGCUACACCAUGUUAUGAGGUGUAACCUUAUAUAAAUAUUCACUUUUAUGUUGUGUUUAUUUUGAAGUUUUAAUUUUCAUUAUAAGCUAAUAUUUACACGUAGUUGUUCGUUAUUAUUAGUUCAAUCACAAAUUGUAUUUCUUCCCGAACAAACUUGAAACAAAUUUUGUUUAAAAUUAAAAAAAAAAAAUUAAAUUAUUGCAAUUAAAUCAUGGAGUACACCGUAUUGAGUAAUAAGUUAAUGUGUACCGUGUAGAUAAAUAAAAACAUUUUUAAAACUAAA